AUGGCCCAGAUUUGUGGAAAUGCACUUAUUUCUUACUAUUUGGAAAUUGUGCUAAGGAACAUUGGCACUACAAACAGUAACGAUCAGCUCAAAAUAGAUAUUGGUAUGACGGUUUAUGCAUUAUGCUGGUCUAUAUUAUCUGCGUUAAACGUAGAUAAAUUUAAACGGAAAACUAUGUUUAUGGGUGGCUAUAUUCUUAUGUGUAUCUCAUAUGUCGGUUGGACUAUUUUAUCUGCAAUUAAUCGACAAUCUGGAUUUAAGAAUAAGGGAUAG